AUGGACGUUGGCUCGGAACCGACACCCCGACGAGGAACCCGCAAACCGUCCAGCCCGCCCGCCAGUGCCCCGGCCGCGAGACGCUUCCGUUCGGCUUCUCAAGCCGAGGCUGCUCGCACGUCCAAUGCGUGCCAAAUUUGCCGCGACAAGAAAGUGAAGUGCUCGGGGCAACGGCCAUGCAAGUAUUGUGCCAAGCGCGGGCUGACUUGUGUGUUUGCGGCGUCGGAGAAGAGGAAGCUGUAUUCCGUAUCACAAGUCAGGGAGCUUGAAGACAAAGUCGCCUUCUAUGAACGACAAAACCGAGAAAAGUCGGCCCCGGGAACGGCAUCGCCACAGCCGGCAUCGCCUGGGUGGCAUAUGCCUCCAGACGAAGCGGUGGAAACGCCUAAUGUCCCGCGUGGGGGUCCGCAAGAAGAGUCUUGCAUCUCAGUCAGCCUGCUUUCUCCUGAGGAUCUUCCGCCCCCAUUGUCUCAGCCCACAUUCUCCCCCACGUUUGAGAGGAUACGAGCCGUGGAUGUCUUGCCCGCGUCCACGUCCUCGCCUGUGCGUACUGCAAGGGCCAUUGCUCCGGAAUCAGCGCUCUCUUCUUCCGAGACGUUCGGCUCCGAAAUCAAGACGCUUCUUGUUUCCCGCUCGAACCCGGGCUCCGCUGCAAGUCCGUCAACGAACACUGGCGUAACCCCACUGCCGCACAUUGACCGUCGCGGUCUACUUGAGGCUAUUGGUCCCUGGCUCACCGAAGAGGAGGCACAUGCGAUGUUGGACACUGUCGUCUUCAAUGUGGGCAUCUCGCAGCAAUUAUUCGACGUACGAGCGUUCUCGGAUAACCUCUCCGUGCUGUACCAAGAAACCAGCGCAAAUGUGAGGCUUACUGAGAUAUGGAUUGUGGAAGCCCUUUUGAUCUUUGCUGUGGGUAGGUUACUCCAAAGUAUAGAUGAUGAGAAUGGGGAUCUUCCAGGGACGAGGUUCUUUCAGGAGGCGGUCAAGCGGACUCCAUUAUUGAGUGAUUUGAGGAAGCAUGGUAUCGUUGGAGUCGAGGUGAUGGCUUUAACAGCCCUUUACCUUCAAAUUGCGGACCGGAAAGAUGAUGCCUACUUGCACUCUAACACAGCGCUGAGGCUCGCCAUCAGCCAUGGCAUGCACAGGGUAAAUUCAGCGCCAGGUCUGAAGCGGUCGGAUAACGUGCAUCGUAAUAGGCUUUGGUGGUCUAUUUACAUGCAGGAAAGGAGACUAUGCGCAGCUGGUGGAUAUCCCAUGUCUAUUGAAGACUACGCCAUUACCACAGCCCCGCCAUACGAAAUCCUCGGCUUUCCAUCGGCAACAGCAUUGGGUGUCAACGUCAAGACCGCGAGAUUGACUGGGCAAAUCACGUCAACCAUCUACUCUCAGAAAGACGACCCCGAGACAACGUUCAUCAACAAGGUUCAGAAUAUCCUUCACUCCCUCUACGAAGUCGAGAAGACGAUGCCGUCCGAGUACGUCAUGGAGAUCAGGCCAGCAGGCGUACUCGUCGCUGGGCGUCCAUUCAUGGACGCACCAACCACAACUUCAAGGACCAGUUCGAGUUUGUAUACAUCAGUUUAUAUGGCGGUCAUACAUACCGUGAGACCCAUUCUGCUGUAUAUGGCCCGCAACAGUCGGGAUCCAGAACGCGAAAACGCUCGGAACGAAGUCAGCCCAGCUUUAGUACGCCUCGCUGAGAUAUGUGUCGAGACAGCCAGUAAGACUCUCGUCAUUCUACAGGAACUCCGAAAGAAAGAGAUUUUAGCAAAGAACGCUUUCCACGAUCUGGAUGCCACGUUCUCAGUGGGAUACAUCUUUGUGCUGGUCGAGGCUAUCAACCCUAGGAAGAAUCUAGGUUUCAAAGGCAUUGACGGGUCCAGAUCUAUCCUCAGAUACUUAGUCGGUCUGGGGAACCGCGCAGCGGCGAACCGGCUUGCUGAGCUGGACCAAAUGUGUGUGCACCUAGCGUUACCUGUGCAGCAAGGGACAGGGCAAACACCCCAGCAGUCAUUGACGGACAUGUUGGCAAAGCCGUUCUCGUUCGAGAGCGGGUAUGGGGUUGUUGAGCAAACCACAGCUUCACUAAAUGCCAUGGAGAGGCCGCGUUCGCGAUCCGGAGAUGUGGGCGGGGCUGAGGCCUGUGGUGAGGAUGAUCAGCAGAGCUUUGGAUUCAGCGGCGCGGAUUUGGCCAGUAUUCCUUUGGAAGGGGAGAACAGCUUGUACUGGGUCUAUCAUACACCUGGCUUCUCGUUUACUGGGGUUGAGCAGACGGAUUGGGAGGCGUUAGAGAACCAGAUUCCAUGGGGGAAUCAGCCAUAG